UAGGAGGAGGUUUGAGGUGCUCAUCGUUGGACUUUAAAGACAUAUAUUAGAAGUUAUAUAUAGUUAACAAAAAAAAAAGAUUUUUGUACAGACCAAGUGGUUUAUUAUCUUUUCUUGUCACCCUCGAACUUCGAGUCGAGAAGAGCGUGAGCCAGAUUAGCUGUGAGUGGCUAAAUGGCCGAGGGCUCCUCAGACCCACCGGAGCUCAAUCCAGAUGGUGUGUCACGGCAGAGGCGCAACCAGCAUAGAUCCAGGAGGGGUCAGUACAGAGGUGGCAACAGUUAUAACCCUCCCCACCAAUAUGGACAAGGGGUUAAACCCCAUUUUGUCUAUGACAAUUCAAGUUAUCCAAUGCCUUGCCAUCCUCCCUAUCAACAAGAUGAUGGUUUAACAGGGCGAGGAAGAGGAGGAGGUGGUUGGGGGGGAAGGCGCGGGUCCAAUUGGGGAGGCAGGCGAGGUUUAAAUGAAGGUGCUGGUGGAUUCGGUAUGUGGCGGCAAAGACCUGUAGAUCAUGGCCCAUACAGUGGCAAUAGCAAAGGUGUCAAUGCCUACAGUUCUGGAGCACCUUUCAUGGAUGGGCCUGAUGGCAGUGAGUUUAGCUGGCGUAGAGAGGCUGCAAACACAGAUCUUGGGCAUGCCAAUGAAGAUCCGAACACCAGGCCAAAAAAACCCAGGAAGUUCAACCAGGAGCCAAGAAAAUUAGAACAAGAUGAAAGGGCCAGGAAAGGGACCUACCCACGAAACAAACAGGAGAACCAGGAGAACAGGGCAGCAGCAGAAGGCUGGCGUACUGUGGAUGUCAGAGAAGAAAACCAAUUUUUACAAACUAGGGAACAACAUCGGGGAAGCAGAAGAGAUGAAGACUACAACUCCCAGCAUGUUGACCCUCAAAAGAAACACACUGAGCAAAAGCGACACCGGGGGCCAAUUAAGCCGCCUAGGCAAACACCUCAAGAAGACAGAGGUCCAGAGAACAGAUCCCACAUCCAAGAUGGCCACAGCAAAUUGCCCGAGAACCCUGUUAAGGAAGAGCGCCCGCGGAGGGCUAGGAAAGUUCUUGGAAGCCCAAUACCCCUACAAGAUAGAGGACAGAGGAGAGCCCACCACCAGGACCGCAGACCUGACCACAACAAGUGGGAAAACAUGCCAAGGAGCAAAGAGACACAGACGGGGUGUUUGAUUGAGCAGCUGUCUGAGGAGAAGUAUGAGUGCAUGGUGUGUUGCGACAUCAUCCGGCUCAUGGCUCCGGUGUGGAACUGCCAGAGUUGCUUCCAUGUCUUCCAUCUGAACUGCAUCAAAAAGUGGGCCAGGUCCCCAGCCUCUCAGGCAGACGAUGCCACUGAAGGGUGGCGCUGUCCAGCCUGCCAAAAUGUUGUAGUUAAACAACCAACAACCUAUACCUGCUUCUGUGGUAAAGUGACCAAUCCGGAAUGGCAGCGUAGUGAGAUCCCCCACAGCUGUGCUGACAUGUGUGGGAAGAAGAGGACUGGAGUGGAUUGCAACCACCGUUGUAACAUCUUGUGUCACCCUGGGCCAUGUCCACAGUGCCCUGCAUUUGUGACAAAAGCCUGCGUCUGUGGUAAAACCAGUCAACCAAUGCGUUGUGGCCAGGUGGCAGUCCUUCAGUGUGACAAUGUAUGUAGUGCCACACUCAACUGUGCUGAACACACCUGUGCCCAAGUAUGCCACAGUGGAGCAUGCCAGCCCUGCCAGCUACAAGUUCAGCAAGUUUGCUACUGUGGGGUUACCUCUCGUGAGGUACUGUGUGGAACAGAUAAAGAGGGAUUUGAUGGCCAGGGACAUUUCUCCUGUCAAAAAGAAUGUGGGAAGAUGCUGAACUGUGAAGCCCACCAGUGCCAGCAGGUGUGCCAUCAUGGGCCAUGCCAGCCUUGCCCUCGCUCCCCGAGCCUGGUGAAGACCUGUCCCUGUGGGCAGACAGCCCUGGAUAAGCUCGUGGAACUAGGAUACUUGGAACGUAAAGGCUGUUCUGACCCCAUUCCUUCUUGUGGAAAGACAUGUAACAAACCCCUGGCUUGUGGCUCCAAUGACACGGUUCAUAUAUGUGAGAAGCUGUGCCAUGAGGGAAGUUGUGGGCCCUGUUCCCUUACUUCCACAAUUAGAUGUAGAUGUGGUUUCAAGACUAAGGAGGUUCCAUGUGCAACCAUCCAAAACGAAGCUGAACUCGUAUUCACCUGCGAGAGGCGCUGCAACAAGAAACGCUCCUGUGGCCGACAUAAGUGUGCCGAGCUGUGUUGUGUGAGUGUUGAGCACAAAUGCCCCCUAAUCUGUGGCUACAAACUCAACUGUGGGCUUCACCGUUGCCAGGAGCCAUGUCACCGCGGAAACUGUGAACCCUGCUGGCAAUCCAGUUUUGAUGAACUGACCUGCCACUGCGGACAAACUGUACUGUAUCCACCAAUAGCCUGUGGCACCAAACCCCCAGAGUGUAAGAACCUGUGUACUAGAAGACAUGAGUGUGACCACCAAGUGUUUCACAACUGCCACAGUGAAGAGAAGUGUCCACCUUGUACAUACCUCACUCAAAAAUGGUGCAUGGGGAAGCACGAGCAACGCAGUAACAUCCCCUGCCACCUGCAAGACAUCUCUUGUGGACUUGUGUGCAACAAGGUGCUGCCCUGCGACAUGCACCGCUGCAAGCGCAUCUGCCACCGGGGGGAGUGCUUGGCAGGAGGCAGCUGCCACCAGCUUUGCACGCUGCCCCGCCCGGACUGUGGCCACCCCUGCUCUUCCACCUGCCAUAAAGGCAGUAGCUGCCCACGCACCACCUGUACUGCCAAGGUGGCGCUAGAGUGUGAUUGUGGUCGGAGAAAGGAACUUGUGAUGUGCACAGAUGCAGCCAGUACUUAUCAAAGGUAUGCGGCCAUUGCCAUGGCCAGUAAACUGUCUGACAUGCAGCUCGGUGACUCUGUGGACAUCGGCCAGUUCAUCACCAAGAAGGAACUGAAACAGACAAGACUGGAGUGUGACCAGGAGUGUGCUACACUGGAGAGGAACAGACGCUUGGCCGAGGCCCUGCAGAUAGACUCCACCGUGGACCCCUUCAACAUUCGCUCCCCCUCUGUAUACAGCGACAGCCUCAGAGAAGAAGCCAGGAAAGACCUGAAGUUUGUUAGUGAAGUGGAAGAAGAGAUUAGGAAUCUUGUUGAACUUGCCAGUAAGGGGAAACAGCCAAAGAGGAGCCACUGUUUCCCACCAAUGAACAGAGAGCACCGGAAAAUUGUUCAUGAGCUGGCCGAGGUUUAUGCCGUUGACAGUGCAAGCUACGACAACGAGCCGAAACGCAACGUGGUCAUCACAGCCCACAGGGGGAAAUCUGUCUGUCCAGGCUCCACGCUGACAUCGUUGAUAGAGAGGGAGACAACUGCGAGGGCUCCUCCCCCCAUCGCUCAUAUCAAACAACAUAGCAGCAAGCCUGACAGUGGAAGCAGCUGGGCCAAGAUGGUUAAAGAAGAGCCGGUGGUCGAUUAUUUUGACGUCCAGGAUUAAUACCAGCCAAAAAGAUGAAACCUCAUGAUCUCUAUCAAAAAAAGUUAACUUCUGCUAAAUAUUUUUAAAAAAUGACUCGAGUCAGACUGAACAUUGCCAAAAUACUUUGCCUUUUGAUCCCAGGAUUUCUUUUUUUUUUUUGUGCAACUUCAGACUCUGAUGCGAAUGUCCUGUUUCGGGUUCAAUGUGCAAGUGCUGUUUUAGUCUCCUGUGACGAGCAUUCAUUCCCUCAGAGAAACCCAUCAGUGAAAGAUUGGAGCUCUGCGGGUGGAAUUUGUUCAGUUUGACCUUGCUAAAAGCAGAAUACAACCUUCACUCUGAGAAAUUUUGAAAGUUGUUUUAGAGGCCAAAAGUCAAAAGGAGAUUUUGAAUUAGUGAAUUGUAGUAUGUUCCUCUUUCAGGUCACAAUGGGUCGAGGCCACUAGUCAACCCCAGCUAAUGGAGUUUGUGGGUAGAGAGAGUAGGAUGUCACAAGACCCUGUAGUAAUGCUCUGCAGAAAGCUAUUUGUCUCUAUAUGACUCACAGGCCAUCAUCUUUCCCUCAAUGCCAACAUCAUUCCUUUAACAUUGCUGCUGAAAGGGAAAACUCAGCAUGAUGCAACAGCCAACCAGGAGUACUAUUUCCACAGCAGCCUUAAUGAUGGGCAUACAUACUCUGGGACUCAAGAAAUGUAGCUACUGCUUUGACAGACAUCUUUACUCAUGCACUGACUCGUAAUUUGACUCAUAAUUUGCAGGGUAUGCUCAGAAUGGGUUAUCAUUAAGUGUGUAGAUAUGUGUUAUACUGGAAUAUGAUCUGUUUUCUGAUUCAGGAGCAGAGCAAAUACAGGCAUACAUGAUCUGAGCAAAUACAAGCAUACAUGAUCGGGCCAUGACCCUUCCCAGUUUCCUGUUUAACAUUUCAUGAAACCCUUACUAUGGAAGAAAAGAUUUCAGCCUCAUGCGGUUUUGAGAGUCAUGGUUUGCUAUGGAAGGAAAUAAAAUGAAAUUC